GUGGGAUUUAUUCCCCAUUGAACAUCGUCAUAUGUUUAGUGGGGGUUGUUAUCUGGUCGGAACGUGACGAAAUUCAAGUCUCCAGUGAUUCUGGGAAAACGCUCGAGAACUUCUCCAAAUACCGGCGGGAAAGGCUGAUCAGAAUACAACCCAAUGAUAAUGCUCAACUAAUCACAGGUAUAGAGUUUGAAGAUCAGGCAGUUGGAAAAGGGGCCGUUGGAACUAUUUGUACUUAUCAACAUUCAGCGGGUGUAGUAAUGGACCACAAUGAUCUGGUCGGCUUAGUAGGGUCAAUCAUGGCUCAUGAGUUAGGACAUAAUUUUGGAAUGCAGCAUGAUAGAGUAGAAUGUGAGUGUCCUGAAUAUCAGUGUGUCAUGUCGAGUAUGACAGGUAUUACAGCUGUACCCAGAUACUGGUCUUCCUGCUCCAAAGAUGAUCUUUUCCAAACCUACCAACGAAAAGUAGAUAUGUGUUUGUGGAAUGUUCCUUUACGCAAUCAUUAUUCCAAAAUAUUCAGAAAGUUUUGUACAAAUCCCUGCUGUAAUGCAACCACGUGUAGACUGUUUGAAAAUGCCACCUGUGCAUCAGGAGAAUGCUGUGACACUGUCACUUGCAAGGUAUUACAUUAUAUAGUUACUAGCCGUGACUAUCAUAGACAGUUUACAUAUAUUGGGGAAUUUGUGGAUAUUUUGUGUGGCAUGCUACACUGCUCAAAAGGAGAAGACCUAAUGAUUGGGUCAAAGUCUGGUUAUACCCGAUAUACAUCUAAAUGGACUGGCUCUUCUAAAAUCACUUGCGUUAUGGCAAAUAUAGAUUUGGGCUUGACUGUUAAAGACCCUGGCCAGAGUCCUGAUGGAGCCAAAUGUGGCAAGUCCAAAAUGUGUUACAAAGGAAGAUGUUUGGAUGUGACUGACAUAAGUACAUCCUGUCCAUACAAUUGUUACGGAAAUGGAUUAUGCAACAGUAAAGGGAAUUGCCAUUGCAAUGAAGGAUAUGGACCUCCAUACUGUAACGGGCCAGGCUACGGGGGUAGCGUUGACAGUGGGCCAGCGACCAGAGCUCACUAUGGAAACAUGCUUACCAUUUAUAUCAUAUGUCUCGGCAUCUUACCUCUGCUGUUUAUCAUUUGCUUAGUAAUUUACUGCUUUCGACACCAGGUGGCCAAUACAAAAAUUGGCAGGAUUUGGAAAACAUCAAUCAUCACAAAUUAUCAGUUCUUUCGGGGCAGUAGUCACAGUUCUUUGCCAGGAAGAAAGAAUCUUCCGAAGUCUACUCCCCCUAACUUAACACAGAAUAAAGGGAGAACAGUAGCACUUAAGAUCUGUCAGAAAGAAACAACUUCACAUGCCAUAUCCAAUACUAAUGAGAUUUCAGUUCCUUGGCUACAAACUUCAAAAAUGAAAACAGAAACACGCUGUAUUGUGCCUGUACGUCCUGCACCUCUUGUUCCAGAAAAAAAACAACCUUACAGUUUACCAGAAAAACCAUCUAUGAUUUUCUCAAGUUCCUCUUCAAAAUCAUCUUCUUUGAAUACUUCAAAAAUAGAAGCUGUACAUGUUCCAAAAAGUUCUGUAAACAUAUCGACAGCACCUGUGUUACUCCUACCAAGUUCACUAAAGAAACCCCCCUUAAAGCCUCCUAUGCCACCCCAAAACAGAACUUCAGCAAUAGGAUCAAAGGAACCAAUCUCUAGUCGUCCUCCACUACUACCUCCUACCAAGUCUCGAGUAAAGCUAGUCACAGCAGACAAGUCUUCUCAGGGUGACCCCAAAGAAACCGUUUGCUCAACAUUUGAAGUUUCUCGAAAUCGCACCGCUCAGGGUGGACACAUAUCUUCUCUACCAAAAAUUACCAACAAAACAUCAUCUAGUGAGAAUGACAAAGCACCAACAGUGGCAUCAUUAAGACAAGCUUUUGAAACUGCCAAUCUCAAGAGAAAUCAAGAGUGAUUCUAGAACACUGUGGUAUUUAAACUGUUGUGUAAAUAAGUGAUAUAAGUUUUGUACUUAUUCUGUCUGUGUGUAUGUAUGAUUGUAAUGAAAACAAUUCAUCAUCAUUACUCAGAUCUCCUCCUCCCAAGGAAGGUGUAGUCGAUACAUAUCUAACUCCUUUAUUUUUGAGUUUGUUAAUACGUCCAAUGAUGUCCUUACUUAAUAUAUUUAUAAAAGCUUUAUUGAAGAGAUAAUAUGGUCCAACUGGCAUAAGCCAGACACAUGAUCUUUAUAAACAACAUGGCACAUUGUUGUGGCAAAGAUGUUAUAUAAACAAGGCUGAGUGAUUACAAACUGUUUUGUAAAUAAAGUUGAAUCUACACUUAUGACAAUAUUGUAUUUUAUCUCCACAAGUUUGAAAAUAUUUAUUUUCUAUGUGAUGAUAUAGAUGUUUACAGAAUAAAAAUGUUAAAAAUAAGAAUUUAAAGCUUUAUAAGGUAAAAUGGAAAUACAACAGGUUUGUCUUGGUUCACAAGAACACUACUUGUUUUUAGUUGUGGAAACUAAUACAUAAAAUAAAGGUUAAUCUUCAAAUGAUU